AUGUUUAUACUAGUAAGCACGGUGGAACAUGUUAAUGCUUGUACGAAAGAAUGUGGUAAUCUUGGCUAUGGGAUAUGCCCAGGUUCAGAAGGAAGUCCAGAAAAUCCAAUUUGUACCAAUUGUUGUUCGGGCUAUAAGGGUUGCAACUAUUAUAAUGCUAAUGGAACUUUUAUUUGUGAAGGAAUGUCUAAUCCCAAAAAUCCUAACACUUGCCCCUUAUAUUGUGAUCCACAAAUUGCCUAUUCAAAAUGUCCCCGUUCAGAAGGAAAGACGAUAAUUUAUCCCACCGGAUGUACCACGUGUUGCACGGGAUACAAGGGUUGCUACUAUUUUGGUCAAGAGGGGGAGUUUGUGUGUGAAGGAGAGAGUAUUGAACCCAAGGGUUGUACUCAAGAAUGUGACCCUAGAGUUGCUUAUAUGACUUGCCCAUCUUCUGGAUUGGCCAAACUUAAUGAAGUUUGUGUUAAUUGUUGUACCGCAGGAGAGGAUUGCAAACUCUAUGAACAUGAUGGAUCUUUACUNAUUAAAAGCCGCCGAUAA